AGAACAAGGAACCAAAACCGCAGAAAAGGAAACAGCUUCUUUCUACAUUCCUCUUCUGCAGGGAGAAUUUGUUUGUGUGAGCAUAUCAAGGGCGGUGUCAUGUGAUUUGGAAAGAUUUCAAAGCAGAAACCACACUGUGGUUUGGUUUAGUGCCUUUUAGAAGGUGAACUAAAUCCUUUGAUUGAUUCUGAGACAAGAGUGAGUGAAAAUGAUUCAUUUAGGCAGAGGACAUCUUCGUCUGUGUCGCAGUUCUCUCUUUUGUCUCCUCCUCAGUUGUGUGUCUGCAGAAGGGAUCAUAGCCACGGUGGGAACAGAUGUUACUUUGAUUUGCAACUAUGAUGCCAAGUACUACGGGAAACUGCCUGCAUGCUGGGGUCGAGGAGCCAUCCCCAACAGAGGCUGUGCCGGUGAGGUGAUCAGGUCUGAUGGGUUAGUAAUGGUCAGCAGGCUGUCAGAGCGUUACCUGUUCAUGGGUUUGCUGGAUGAAGGUGACGUGUCGCUGACCAUCAGACAGGUGGAGGAGAGCGACUCUGGGAUAUACGGCUGCCGUGUUGAGAUACCAGGCUGGUUCAAUGAUCACAAACACCAGCAGACUCUGACUGUAAUGCCAGUGCGUCCAAAUCCCCUAAAGGUGGAGACCAGAGAGGUAAAGGAAAGAACUGUCACUGUCCGCUGGACUCCUGUGUUUGAUGGCGGCAGGCCCAUCACAACCUACAGGAUUGAUCUAAAAAACAAACAAGCAUCCUGGGACACCGCAGUGACAACUGAAGUCUACAAUCCUGAACUAACUCAAUUGACUUUGGUGGAUUUGCGUCCAGCAAAGACCUACAACCUGCGCAUGUUUGCCAUCAACGAUGUGGGCAUAAGUGAACCCAGCAACGUUCUGACAAUCAUGACAAAAGAAGCAGCACCAGAGGGUCCUCCCCUGGACAUGCAGCUUGAGACACUCAGUUCUCACAGCAUCAAAGUCACCUGGAAGCCUCCGAGACCUGAUCUCAGAAAUGGAGUUCUCCGCAGUUACAGCAUCAGCUACAGAGAGUACGAUCCUCAUGGAAGACAAUUCAAAAGGUGGCAGCACUUGAGUGUGACAGCCACACGCGAUGUUGAAAGCAUCGUCCUGAGCAACCUGAGGUCUUCUGCCUUCUACGGCGUGUUGAUACAGGCCAAAACUAACGCAGGAAUUGGACCUGCCUCAACCGCCCCUCUCUGCUCCACUCUGGAUGAGGUUCACAAAACCUCAACACCGUCAACCGCCAUAAGAUCGACUUCCACUGCUGGUACACGCACAAGGGACAAUACAAGUUUUAUUACACCUCACACAACUUCAUCAGUGGAGGCUGCCACAGUCUGGGAAGAAGGAACUACAAGUACCACAUCAGUGCCGCCAGACCCCCCAGUGGUCGAGAUAAAGGAGGUAAAAGGGAGUACAAUUUCUCUUUUAUGGACUGCUGGGUUUGAAGGUGACAGCCCCAUAAUUGGCUUUUACCUGGAGUAUAAAGCAGUUAACGCCUCAUGGGAUCACAGAAAGACAGUUGUAGACUUCAGUCCUGACCAAACAGAAGCCACGAUAAUAGAGAUAAAUCCCUCGACCUACAACAUCCGCAUGUUUGCCGAGAGUAGUGUCGGAACCAGUAAAGCUAGCAAUAUCCUCACCAUCACCACAGGAGAGACAGGUGGUCACCAGAGCGAUUAUCACGUUACCACCACAUCUACUGACACUCAUGCUGCUGCUAGCGUUGAGGAGGGUCAAAGUGGUGGUAAACUGGCUGCCAUCCUGUUGCCAGUGAUGCUUGCGGUGUUGAUUGUUGCUAUAGUGACUGCGUGGCAGCUUCGACGAAUAAAACAGAAAAAUGGCAGUCUGAACGUGUGGCUGUCCGGUGGAGUGCUACGCUACAAAGGAGCUGAGUCACUACAAGAGCUGUAAAACUCUGAGCUCCUUUAGUUUUAAAAUGCUCAAAUAUGCAGCGGUUUGAUCUUUUAGAAAAUCAGCAAGAGACGAUUGUGAUUUUUAUGAUCUUUAAAAUCUUUACUCCUUUAUCCUAUCACAGCGGGGAAAAACCAAAAAUCACCUGAGUGUUUAGUUAAUUCAAGUUACCCAGGUAGACAGAUAAUCCCCAGAUUGUGAAUAUUAAUUGAAUAACCCCAAUGACUGUUCAAGCAAGUUUUAAAGUUUCAGAUAAAUCUAGCUGAUCUGUUUCAGAAUCUUCUUGUGUUUGGGUUUACUUCAGAUUUUUUCUUUUAGCAUCACUUUCUGUAUUAGUAUCUGAUUUUAUUUGUUACUUGUUCUGUUUCUAACAAAUUAAAUCAGCUAAACUUAGAUGCCAAAACAGUUAGGCUAAACUAAAUGGGGCAUCAUUAAUAAAGAUAAACUAACAGUUUGAGCGAUACUACCUCAAAUACAUAAGAUUUUAAAAAAGCAUAAUUUGAUAAGAGGAACUGCAUUUCUUUUUUUGCAAAUAAACAACUGUUUUAAAAUGUAUUCCCUCUGAUAAACUGAUUUAUUAACCCUUUAAUAAUCAUGUGAUAACUUUUACUGCGACUAUUUAUGUAAUUACAUGAUAUCACGUUUUGUAUAGUAAUAAACAUCCACAGUAUUUCUCUUUGA